AUGUCGACAACAAUUUUAGUAAAUACUGAACCAGGUCAAAAUUUAACAUUAGCAGCGAGUACAGCCACAACAAUUGUAAAUAAUAGCAGCAGAAACAGCAAUAGUAGAAAUGAUAAAAAUAAAAAUAUUUUUGGAGAAGACGCGUAUCGUCGACAACACCAUUUCUACGACAAGCAAUUACAAUCAGACCAACCACAAUUGUUGCCACUAAUACAGCAGCAACCAUGCUCCAUUUCGGAGUUGACGUGCACAAAUGGAAAAUGUGUUCCGCUGAAUAAAUAUUGUGAUAAUACAAAUGACUGCGGGGAUUCGAGUGAUGAACCACGUUUUUGUACAAAGUGUAAUCGAACGUAUCAUGGUACCGUUGGACUUACAUACAAUUUGGAAUUGCAUCGACCAAAGGAAGACAAAAUUCCGUACGUGUGUUUGUUGAAUUUUACCGCAAGCGGAGGAAUACACGGUGAUUUAGUUCAGAUCACACUUGACAGCUUCACAAUCGGAAAAUUUACAUCGUACACAGAAAAUGGUUGUCCCGACGGUUAUUUACAGAUAUCUGAACAAUCGCGAAUUAGUGUAGGCGGUAAGUGGUGCGGCAAUGGAUGGGGACCAUCAAUUAUCUAUAGCGAAACACGCACACUUGUGUUAGCUGUUAAGUUGUUCAAAUUGUCAAGAGAGAACGAUGGAUACAAUUUUGACUUUCGGAUUCGCUACAAAGUGUUACCCCGCGAAAAAGCUGUUGUUCGUUACGGAGGCAUCAAAUAUGAAGAAAUCGUUCCAUGGAUUGACUCACGCGAAAAUAGCGGAAUGAAUGUUACUGCUUAUCUCGAACACUUUUAUGGCAAUUACAAUCAUAAAUUAGAAAAACAAUUCCAUCAAGACAAGUCAUUAGUAAGCGGAUUCGAAGGAAAAUCAAAUCGAUAUGUCAAUUAUACAGAACCAAAGUACUAUUUAGGAGACUUAAUGCCCGGAACAUAUUGUUCUCGCAUCUUCAGUAAUUGUGACAAAAAAGCUUGUCGCUUACAGUCUCCGAAUUUUCCCGGAGUGUAUCCGCGAAAUUUGACAUGUUAUUAUGCAGUGCGUCAACACGAUGUACCUGUCGGCAAACAUGCGUUGAUAAUCAUGCGACAGCCAAAAGGAAAUCUUGUGUGGAUUAACUCGGAAACACAAGCUUCCAUUAAAUCAAAGUCAGAUAAGGAUAAAUUUGUGCCGAAAAUUCAAACAUGGGAUGAAUGUGAUAAUGUUCAGCCAAGUAGGAAACGUAGAUGGAGAUCAACGGACUAUGUAACAGUUUAUGACGGAUACACAACACGAGAUCCAAUUAUAUUGAAAUUUUGCGGCGGAGGACAAGCAUUACCCGCAUCUAUAUCCAGCGGACCAGAACUUUUAGUCGAAUUCACAACGUCACCCUUUGGGGUAUUUACAAAACCACAUCCAAACAAUAUAAAUUCAUUAAAUGGAUUUCAGCUGGAGAUUGACGUUCGUUUUGUUGAUCGAAAGAGUCCUACAUAUGCGAAGGACAAACGAAAUUGUGAAUUUAAGAUUCGUGGAACAGGACAUGGGAUUUUAGAAAGCCCUCAACACUCGCUUCCUCCAAAUAGUACAUGUCUGUACCAUUUACAGGGAAUUGAAAGUUCAACACGAAACUACGAGCAAAUGCAAUUAAUGCGACGAGGAAACAAUCCCUUACCGUCACGAUUUAAAGUUUGGAUUUCCAUUUACAAGUUUGACUACUCACCAAAGUAUGGUUUGACGGAUGAAAAUUCAUUGCUUUUAGCACAACAAGAAGAUUGUACGGGUAUUUUAAGGAUAUGGGAUGGUCCAUUGAGAGAAUUGCCGCAUUGUAAAAAUCCCGAUUGCACGAGAGAAGAAAAAUCGCAUAGCAAAUACAGUCAAAACCAGACACAUAUGAUGGCUCGUUUUUGCAGAGGCUCAAUUCCCGGAAGUUGUGACCAUUUUAGUACGAACGAAUCUCAUGUUCGACCAUGUACGUUGAGCGAAAGUUUUGUUUCAAGCAGCGAUUAUGUCACUUUGGAAAUGCGAAAUACGGAAACGACAGUUUUACGCCCUCUCAACUUCAAAUUAAAAUAUGAAUUUGUUGAUAAUAUGCAAGAUGGUUUGCCCAUCAGUGGCAAUGAAAACGAUUGUAAUAGAAAAUUCAUGAGCUUUUCUAUGGAUAAUAAGCGAGAGGCAGGAGUUUUUCGCGGAGUUAAAAACAUUUUCUUCUUUGGGCGUGGCGGAAAAGUCAAUAUGAGUUGCAUCUAUCGUUUUGAAGGUCAACGAGGCGAACGUGUUCGAAUCGUUAUAAAUAAAAUAUCAACCGGAAACCGAACGUGUCAAUCUAAAAUUGAUAAAGAUAUUAAUCGAUCCUAUUGUUACGGCAAUAGUAAUGCAAAGUUGGAAAUUAUGGAACGACCAUGGCAUGAAUCAAUUUUAUUUCCGCGCAGUUGUAUUUGUAACACAACAAAUACCUCUCAUCUUCCUGUGGUUUUUACUUCGACAAGUCGUGAAGUUGAAGUGCAUUUUACUGCGAUAAAUAUGACACCGUACGAUGAUCCUGAUAACAUGUUUUUCGAAGGAACGUAUGAGUUUUUGCCGGGACCAAAACAUUGCAAGGAAGUUCGUCGUCGAAAUGGGCCAAGCGGAUUGAUUGAUUUAGCAAAUGGAGAGAUUGAAUGUCGUGAUCGCCCAUGGUUACUCGAAGCUAAAGCAGGACAUUUUUUGUAUUUACGAUUGAAAGGUUUGUACCUCCGUCGUUACAAUCCGAACGCACAUCAACCAUUUAACACAAGUAUUCGAAAUGACAUUCCAAUGAAAUGCGAUACCAAAGGAAGAGUAAUUAUUACAACAGGAGAUGGAGUUCAAAUCACUGCUUGUCCUUUAGAUCAUGACACAAGUCACCGACAUGUUGUAGAAGUUUUUAGUGCAGGAUGGAAUCGUCGGAAUAUUUAUGAAGAUAAUAAAUACUCACCGGUAAUUUCAGUUGAAUAUUUGGAGCCAGUUGACGGUAAUUACGCAGUUACUUGGCUCGAAAUGCAGCGGAGAUUACCGGAAGGAAUGCCACUCGAAGAAUGUCAAUACCAAUGCCCUGAAUUGAACGCCUGUGUCAAUUCAACAAUUAUGUGUGAUGGAGAAAUUCACUGCCCAUCGGGAGCGGAUGAAUCGUUUACUCAUUGUUCCGCUCUCCUUAAACUUCCAACGGAAAUAUUAGCUGCCGUAUUUGUUUUAAUGUUGGUUUUGUGUUGCGGAUGUUCAGCGUAUAUUUAUAGGAAAAUUAAACGGAAAUGUCGACGCACAUCGGUAUUACAGCAACGGCUCAAGUCACUUAGUUCCAUGGAUACUGCUGUGUUUGAUGAGAAAGAAGUGAUUUGCUGACAAAGCGACAAUUCUGUACGAUAUGUGGAAAUAGACAGAGUUACAACUGUUUGA